AUGCCUCUCGAUACCUCUACAACGUAUCCGUUGACUCGUCUGCGUCUGGACGGUCGCCGAUGGAAUGAGUUGCGUCUAAUCCAAGCCCAGAUUUCGACCAACGCCGCUAGUUCGGGAUCGUCCUACCUGUCCAUGGGCAAUACUUCAAUCAUGUGCUCUGUUCAUGGACCUGCAGAGGGUCGUCGAGGUGAAGCCAGUGGCUCAGCAGGAAGCUCUGGGGCAGUCGUGGAUGUGAACGUUAAUAUUGCCGGGUUCGCCGGCGUGGAUCGCAAGCGGAGAGGCGGAGGAAGCGACAAGACCUCUUCGCGCAUUGCCGUCAUCCUUCGAUCUACUUUCCAGUCGCAUCUGCACACCUACCUUUACCCCCACAGUACCAUCAGCAUCCAUGUCUCCGUCAUCUCGGCCGAUGGCUCUAUUCUCGCGGCCGCCAUCAAUGCUUGUACUCUAGCCCUGGUUGAUGCCGGGAUUCCCAUGCCUGGACUUCUCACUGGCUGCACAGCCGGCAUGAGUGGAAGUGCCUCAACACCCAAAGAUCCUCGACACGAUGAGCUCGAUCCGCUCUUGGACCUCUCUUUGCCUGAGGAACAGGAGCUACCUUUCUUGACCGUCGGCACGACAACUUUUCUCCCUGUUGGCGAGAACGGUAUGGACGAUGAAGAGGAAACAAGCGUCGCGUUGUUGAAUAUGGAUUCGAAGCUGCAUAGUACAUAUAUUGAGACGAUGUUGGCGGUGGGCAUAGAUGGAUGUAGUCAGAUUCGAGAAUUGCUGGAGGGAGUCAUUAAAGGAUCCAACCGGGCAUGA